AUGGAAAAACUUCUGAGCUUUAUAAUUCUUUUAUUAUGCUGUUUUAUUGAUAAGGUGAUCGGACAUCAUUAUCGAGGUGUAACGGUUUCUAGUGAAUGGUUAUCAAAUGGUGAUGAAAUUCAUUUUGCUUCGCAGUUUUAUUACAGGCGUAACAAUUCAGGUAAUGGUGCAUACGUUCACUGUGACGACCUUAUGAUACAAGAUAAAACUCUUACAAAGGAUCCAAACAGUAUCGUUCUCACAAUGUAUAAGCGUAACAAUCAGAAUGUGGCAUAUUUGCAGAGUUUAUCGAAUUCGUUUAUUUGCAAAAGCCACAGUCCAAAUCAAGAUUGGUCAAUAGUUGCAAAAUCAGAAACUAUAAAUAUUUCAGAAUACAAUAUUAGCGAAAACGAAUGGAUUUAUUUUUAUUUGGAUAGUAAUGGCGGACAAUGGUCAUUUGUGAAUAUAGGCUAUAUUUGGAAUCAUUUCAGUCACAAAAUAAAAAAUAAAAAUAAUAACUGGAAUACACCACCAACAACCAAGGCAUUUCCUAUUUAUGAAAUAUUAUCUGGAUGCAAGUCGCAAUUGGAAUUACCUAUUGAAGAUAUUGAUAAUGAUAUUAUACGCUGCAGACCUUCUUCUACCAAUGGACUAUUUGGAAAAGAAUGCGUAGCCUGUAAUUUGGAAUCUGUUGAAUUAAAUAGUGAAACAUGCACACUUUAUUUUCCACCAUCUUUAAAGAGGGACAUUAUUAUUGAAUUACAAAUUGAAGAUUUUAAAAAUGAAAAUGAUACCUUACCCAUGAGUAGUGUACCUCUGCAAUUUAUUGUGACAUUUAAAAAUAAUAUUGGCACCAUUUCUUGUGAAGAUCUCCCUCAAUUCACUCCGGUUGUUCCACCGUCUAAAUCAUGUGUAGCAAUUUCUAAUAAUUCAAUCUAUACUGGAAUUAUUGAAGCAAAGUCAAAGUCCUCAAAUAUUUCUGACAUCAUGGUAUAUCAAUUUUCAGGUUAUACCAAAAGUGAUUUAACAUACAAUGCGACUUCUCGUUCAUGGUAUUACAAUUAUACAAUCAAAGUUGAUUACUCUAACAUUCAACAAGAAUCAGUCCUUCUAUAUGCAACAAGCGCAAGCGGUUUGUCUAGUCCUUAUCAUACAAUUAAGUAUCUUCUGAAUUACGAACCACCAAAAAUUACAAACGUGAGACCAAUAGAUGAAAUAUGUUCUACUACCAAAAGUGAAUAUGAAUGGACAUUCUUUACUAAUCGUGACGUAGUUUUACCUAAAAAAUCAAGUUUUAUUCGAUUUAUGAAAACUUCUGUUAAUACUUCUAUACCCACUACUGUUUUUGAAUUCGAUAUGUCAACAAAUAAUAAUCGUCCAAACAACUAUUCAGUUCGUAUCUUUGUGAAAUCCUCACUUUUUAAUGUAAACGAAACAUAUAGUAUUUUGUUUGAUUUUGGUGUAAUUACAACCGAUGAUUAUUGUAGACCACAAUCUGAAGCAAUGUUAGAUUUGAAUAAAUAUAAAUUUAAAAUUAUUAAAGAUUC